AUGGCUGACGAUCCAGUAUACAAUGAAUCUACCUCGUUGGGUGGAGAUCCACUCAAGGUCGACGUCAACGCACAAUAUACAGGCGUUGAGUGGAAUUAUACGUACAUCAUCCUUUGCUCGUUCAUUGUCUGGUUGAUUAUACCCGGGAUCGGGUUGCUUUAUAGUGGCCUCGCGCGGAGAAAAUCAGCGCUGGCGUUGCUUUUUCAGUCCUUCAUGGUGGUGGCAGUAGUAACAUUCCAAUGGAUGUUCUGGGGUUACUCGUUAACAUAUGCCCGUGAUGCUAGCCCCUUCAUUGGGACAUUGAAGAAUUUCGGCUUGAGAGGUGUGAUGGUAGCACCAUCGCCUGGUUCGGCUGAUCUUCCGGAGAUUGUAUUCUGCUUUUAUCAGCUUUUGUUUUGCGCGUGCACGGUCAUGAUCGUUGUUGGGGGAGCCUUUGAGCGAGGUAAUAUGAUCCCCACACUGAUAUUCAGUUUCUGCUGGGCAACCGUUGUCUACUGUCCCCUGGCCUGUUGGACUUGGAACAGCAACGGCUGGUUGUAUAAUCUUCCGUCGCUGGAUUUCGCCGGCGGUGGCCCAGUUCACAUUGCAUCUGGCUGGUCGGCAUUGGCUUAUGCCUUUGUUUUGGGGAAGCGCAAAGAUAUCGAUCAACCUUCGCAAGCGAAACCUCAUAAUACCACCCUGGUCUUCCUGGGAACCUGUUUUAUCUGGUUCGGAUGGUUCGGAUUCAAUGGCGGCUCAACUCUCAAUGCUAGCGUGCGGGCGAUGCUGGUGGUAUUCAACACCAACACUGCAGCUUGCGCAGGAGUACUAGGAUGGGUGCUCGUCGACUCGAUCAGACACCGUGGGAAAUUCUCUGUCGUAGGAGCGUGCGAAGGCGCAAUCGCAGGCCUAGUGGGCAUCACACCAGCCGCGGGAUUUGUGUCCGUGUGGCUUGCCGCCGUCAUCGGCAUCCUCACGAGCAUCGUCUGUGCCCUCUUCCAAGACAUCAACGAGUGGCUACACAUCGACGAGGGAAUGGAUGUAUUCAAACUACACGGUAUUGGAGGGAUGGUAGGGGCAUUUCUCACGGGAAUCUUUGCAUCGGGGUCCAUUGGAGCGCUGGACGGUGCGACCGAGGCCACCGGGGCCAUUGAUGGCAACGGAAUACAAGUUGGGAAACAACUGGCCGAGGUGUGUGCUAUCUCGGUAUAUUCUUUCAUAGUCUCCUGUAUCCUGCUCUAUAUCCUCAAAUUCAUGCCGGGGAUGCAGUUGCGCGUGCAUGAGGAGGCAGAAAUGAUUGGUUUGGACCGGGCUCAGUUUAUUGAUGAGCAGAUUGGGGAACGGGCACUGCUCGAUGAUCUCUAUGGAUCGACACCUGCAAGUGUGCUCAAUGGGCAGGUUCCUGAGGUGGUUGGGUCUCCGGAAGCGAAGAAAUGA